CAAAAAUAUUUGACGUGGCUGCUGAUAACGCCAUUUUGAUCCGCUGUGUUAAUGGCAAAAAGAAAAGCAAUCGUUACAGUUAAACCGAUAGUGAUCUGUUUCUAUUGAGAAAAAUAAUGGAAAUCUCAAAGAUAAUAUAUACUCUGGCCAUAAUAGUGAUUACCUGCCAAGGAGAUGAGCACAACCAUAAAUAUGAGGAUGGCGAGGAAGUUGUGCUAUGGAUGAAUACUGUAGGUCCCUAUCACAAUAGACAAGAAACAUAUGAAUAUUUCUCGCUGCCUUUUUGUGCUGGUAAGAAAAAGUCCAUUAGUCACUACCACGAAACUUUGGGAGAGGCUUUACAAGGUGUUGAAUUAGAGUUCAGCGGACUAGACAUUGAUUAUAAAAUUGAUGUAGCCAAAACCACAUAUUGUGAAAAUCAGUUGACUGAAGAGAAUCAUCGAGCAUUUAUCUAUGCGGUAAAAAAUCAUUAUUGGUAUCAAAUGUACAUUGAUGAUCUACCUAUCUGGGGGAUUGUUGGAGAAAUUGACGAUGGAGGAGAGGGAUAUUACAUCUGGACUCAUAAGAAGUUCGACAUAGGCUUUAAUGGAAAGCAAAUUGUGGACGUAAACUUAACAUCAGAAUCUAAAACUAAAUUAUCCCCCGGAGUAAAAUUAUCAUUUACAUAUGAAAUUAAAUGGCACAAAUCUAAUGUGCAAUUUAAGGAUCGCUUUGACAAGUAUCUUGAUCCGAACUUUUUUCAGCAUAGGAUCCAUUGGUUUUCCAUUUUUAAUUCAUUUAUGAUGGUCAUAUUCCUUGUUGGACUUGUCAGUAUGAUACUAAUGAGAACGCUACGCAAAGAUUAUGCCAGAUAUAGUAAAGAAGACAGUCCGGAUAAAAUGGAGAGAGACUUGGGAGAUGAAUACGGGUGGAAGCAGGUUCAUGGAGAUGUUUUCCGACCAGCUUCUCGUCCAAUGCUUUUCUCAGCCUUAGUAGGAGUCGGAUAUCAAAUUACUGUUGUUGUAUUUUGUGUAAUUGUUUUCGCCAUAGUAGGAGAGCUGUAUACUGAAAGAGGUUCACUACUAAGCACAGCAAUAUUUGUUUAUGCUGCCACCGCUCCAAUAAACGGUUAUUUUGGAGGAUCUCUUUAUGCCAGGAUGGGAGGAAAGGUAUGGAUACAGCAAAUGCUACUCAGUGCUUUUAUUCUACCGGCGGUCAUUUGUGGAACAGCAUUUUUCAUUAAUUUUAUCGCUAUAUAUUAUCAUGCUUCAAGAGCAAUUCCAUUUGGAACUAUGGUGGCAGUUGCUUGUAUCUGUCUUUUCGUCAUUCUCCCAUUGACACUAGUUGGCACUGUUUUAGGUAGAAAUAUGGCAGGUCAGCCGAAUUAUCCAUGUCGGGUCAACGCUGUUCCGCGACCGAUUCCAGAAAAGAAAUGGUUCAUGGAACCAGGAAUUAUCGUUCUUCUGGGAGGAAUUUUGCCCUUUGGUUCAAUUUUCAUUGAAAUAAUGUAUGGGUUAUUCCAAACGACGUUCUACUUUGGUUAUAUGGGCCUUUUCAGUUUGGCCUUAGGAGUCAUGUGCGGUACAAUGGGCUACGUAGGAACAAACAUUUUCGUGAGAAAGAUCUAUUCAACUGUUAAAAUUGAUUAG